AUGUCAUUGGCAAGAAGUGCAUCCGGUGGCAUUCCCGGUUGUCAGGUAGAAGCUACGCACCAUCGUCUGAACUGCGUGACUUCCACGUUUCGUCUCAAUCCCUUUGUUGAACAAGCUCCCACAAUCUUUCUGAGUGUCGUCCCCUUGCCAUAUUCACGACUUCGUCAGCACCUAAGGACGUUCCAUAUGGCGCCGAACACAUACAACCAGGGAAACUUUCCUGAAGCCAGGGGCCUCAAGUACGACGAAUCUGAUAUGGCGCUCUUCCAUGCCAAGCUGUCUUAUCACGCAACCAUCGAGGAACGCAUGGCGUCCAAAGACAGCAACCUCUCAUCCAUUGCAGAGGCGCAAGCUCGCAUUAUCAAACGAUGGGAGCUGCUCAAACAGGUCGAGAAGGAGCUGGCGGAGAAAGGCAAAAGCUUGUCGCCCGCAGAGAAAAAGCAUCUGGCCCAAUAUGAAUGGCGGUACAAGACGCUGGAAGAUGCGGCAACGAAGAAGCACUGGAAGCGAGGGGACGACGGACAACCCUCAUCUUGA